AUGGCUGAAGAAGAGCAUUUUGAUGCAUCUGCAUCAGCAUCCGAGCCGGUUGGAUAUCCAGGAGGACCGUAUGAUACAUCUCUGUUAGUUAAGUACGAACAACAUGUUGCAUACCGUAUAUGGUUCGGUGAGAGAGGGUCGAAGAAAGAGUUAAAGGUGGCGGGACAUGGGUUGAAGUUGACUCAAAGGGUUCCACUACAGCUACCCAGAGAGAUGGAUAGCUGGAUAUCUAGGUCUGGUCUAGCUUCACUCCAGAGAACCAGUUUAACAAAGAUAGACACAAACCUAGUUUCCGCUUUUGCAGAGAGGUGGCAUCUAGAGACAUCUUCAUUUCACAUGCUGUUUGGUGAGAUGACGAUUACUCUAGAUGACGUUUCUUGCCUGCUUCACUUGCUCAUCAGGGGAGUCUUCUGGAGCCCUCAAGAUAUCAGUGAAGCACUUGCUGUUGAGUGGGUUGUUGAUUAUUUAGGAGUGUCACAGAGAAUAACACAGCAACAAGUCCGUGAGUGCAGGGGUUCCUACUAUAAGCUGGAGUGGUUAUAUGAUCGGUUCGUAGAGCACAGAGCUGCAUCUCGAUGGGAUUAUGCCACUAGAGCUUAUUUGCUAAUGUUAGUGGGUUCCACUAUUUUUGCGGACAAGACGUUUACACUUGUCGAGGCACGAUACCUCUCACUGUUUAUAGACUUGGAUGGCUUAUCAGGAUACAGUUGGGCAACAGCUGCGUUGGUUACUCUUUACAGAUAUCUCGGGGAUGCUUCCAUGUUCAGCUGUAAGCAGCUUGGUGGUUAUCCGACUCUCCUACAGUGCUGGAUUCAUGAGUAUUUUCCAACACUUGAGAAAAGAGGAGAGAACUGA